GAGAGAAGAGGAUGGAGUUGUUGUGCAGCAUAGCUUUGGGUAGGAAAAGAUGUGGUUCUUCUUUUAGGCACUAAAGACAGUUUAGCAGAGGGAAAAGUGCAUCGUAUGUGCUCACUGUGUGUGAAAGAGAAAGCAUAGGGAGAGAGGUGUGUGUUUCUGAAUAAUCGGAGAAGUAUAUGAAUGGACAGGGUUGUGUUCCUGCACAUCAGGAAGGGGAAAGGUAGCACAUGCCUUGUCGCUUGGAGUAAAGUUUGUGUGGCUCAAGAGAUUGCACGGAUGCUUCCGACAUCUGCCCAGGGAUGCAGAAGUCUCUCUCUGCACAAGAGCUUCGCAGCAUGGAGAAGAGCGCAAGGGAGGACGCAGUGCCCGAAACGGGGUAAGAAAAUGGGCUUUGGAAAGUGAGCUGAGAGUGGGGUUGAGUUUUGGAAGGAUGGGGUUGGGAGGAAAGAGCUCACAGAUCAUGGGAGAUGCAUUGGGGCUUGGAGCAGGACUUGGCAUAAUCCUGGCAGGAGGGGGAGUUGUGGGUUGUGCAAUGUGCAUUGUCAGGACAGGAGAGAGAGCGGGUUCGGAGCAGCGAAGGAGAAGAACCGCAGAGGUUGAAGGAACCCUCCUUUGGAAAUUAUCCUUCACAGGGAUAGAUGCAUCGCUCUGGAGGAACUUCCCCACUUUGUGGACUCAGAAUCUGGAGAGCUCCCUCUAAACUCUCAGGAUUUUUCUGGAGGUUUGCUGUAGGAGGAGAGACUCCGUAUUUGUUCACUAUUCACAGCCUGGACAUCAUUUCCACUUCUGUUUGUCCUCCUCCAUGUGACAGAGAGAAGACAGAGACAUGAACGGCUCCUUCAGCCUCACAGAGAUGGGGAGUCUGCUGGAGCUCUGGAAACCAGAGAAUGUCUCGGUGAUGGGACAAGUCAACGGGAGCCAAGAGCUGGGCUGGGAGGAGCUGGGGAAGCUCCUCUUCCUCUUCGACAAGGAGCCGGUCACCAUCAGCCUCACCGUCAUGUACUUGGCCUCCUUCUUGGUCGGCUUUAUCGGCAACAUCAUGUCUCUCCGGAUGCUCACCCAGAAGCGCAGAAGCCGGAUGCCACGCCUGAGCGCCACCAGAAGCCUCCUCAUCAACCUGGCCAUCUGUGACCUGAUGGUGGUGUGUAUCUGCAUGCCCAUCACUGCCGGCAAUUUGGUCUACAAAGCCUGGGUCUAUGGGGACUUCCUGUGUAGGAUGGUACCUUUCAUCCAAGCGAUGUCCGUCUCCGCCAGUGUCCUCAGCCUCACGAUGAUCAGCUUGAACCGGUACUACAGUGUGCACAACCCACUCAAUGCCAGGUCCUUCUUCACCCGACGGAAGAUCUGGGGUACCAUUCUGGUGGUUUGGGUCUUCUCCUCCACGAUCUGCAUGCCUCUUAUAUUUAUGAACAAAAUGGAUGAGAUUGGAGUUGUCCCAGGUCUUCUCCUGGCGUUUCCCAUCUGCAGGGAAGUCUGGCCUCAGGAACGGGUCAAGAAAGCCUACAGCUUCCUCCUCUUCUGCAUGCUCUACUGCCUGCCAGUCCUGUUCAACAUGGUCAUUUGCUGCCUCACCGUCCAUAGGCUCUGGUGUCCCACCAGACCUUUGAGGGACUGCAGUGCCUUGAACCAAACUUUGCUGACGUCCAGGUUGAAGAUUCGCAAGAAGGUGGCCCAGAUGGUGGUGGCUUUGGUCCUGCUCUUUGCCAUCUCCUGGCUGCCCAUUUACACGAUGGACAUCUGGAUCGAGUUCAACAGUCCCAAGUCCUUGCGAGAGGUGGCCCCAUCCCCCUGGGUCUUGCAGCUCCGACCGUUCGCUCAGUGGCUCAGCCUCACCAACUCCAGCCUCAACCCCAUCUGCUAUUGCUUCGUCGGCAACCUGUAUAGAUCGGCCAAGGAAAUGAAGACCAGAUACCACAGGAAGAUGGUCUCCCUUCUCAGCUUCUCUCUCUCAGAAAAGAGCUUACCUUCCUCAGGUCCUGAAGUGGUGUCCUACAAGGGUUCGUCUGCCAAAAGGCUUGAGCAAGAGACAUCAGGGAAAAGGUGCCAGAAGAACUAUAGUCCAAAAACCCAAGUGUGAAAUAACCCCGUGGCCUUAGUGAGUCUCCCUUUGCUCUUCCUUUAAUGGACAAGUCUUGAAAUGAUCGUGACAGUUCUCAAUGACACUUCCAAUGAGGAGCCAUCACCAUACACUCAGGAGA